GAUGCGCCGCCAUUACGCAUCGAGGGGAAGGUCGCGUGGCAGAGGACAAGGCACGAUCUCCCAGACACUAUUUAGGCGUUUACUCUAUUUAAAUCGGUUGUAUUCCAUCGAUUGGUGUUGCCGUUGUGAGACGCACUGAACUCCACUCAAAAUGGUAAAGGAGGAACACUCGGAGCCUGAACAGAUGCGCAAGCUGUUCAUUGGUGGAUUAGACUAUCGUACCACUGAUGAGAGCUUGAAGGCAUACUUCGAACAGUACGGCGAGAUUGUUGAUGUUGUUGUGAUGAAAGACCCCAAGACAAAGCGCUCAAGAGGGUUUGGGUUUGUGGCCUUUUCUCAAGCAUACAUGGUCGAUGAGGCACAGAAAAACAGACCUCACAAGAUUGAUGGGAGGUCUGUCGACACAAAGCGUGCUGUCCCUCGAGAUGAAAUUGGGAAGCCUGAGUCUGGGGUCACAGUCAAGAAGCUGUUCGUAGGUGGUAUAAAGGACGAUGUAGAUGAGGAGGAUCUACGAGAAACCUUUGGCAAGUUUGGAACAGUAGUGUCUGUGAGCAUCCCAACAGAGAAGGAAUCACAGAAGAAGAGAGGCUUCGCUUUUGUAGAGUUUGAGGAUUAUGAUGCUGUAGAUAAGGCAUGCUGUGAGUGCCUGCACAAGAACAUUCAGAUGAAGGGGAAGCGUGUAGAUGUCAAGAAGGCCCUAAGCAAGAAUGAAAUCCAGAUGCAGCAGCGUGGCCGAAUGGGUGGCAUGGGUGGAAUGGGUAGAGGUGGUGGCGGAAAUGGACCUUGGGCUGGUGGUCGGAACGACAAUUGGGGAAACAACCAGAGCGGUGGAUGGGGAGAUAAUCGUGGAGGUUGGGGCAACCAAGGCAACUAUGGCACUCCUAACCAGAGUGGUCCAGGUGGUUACAACCAGGGUGGCUAUGGCAACCAAGGCCCAUGGCAAGGUGGUCCCCCCAACAACCAGGGUUGGAACAACCAAACCAACCAGGGUUGGGGCCCACAAGCUGGUAACUAUGGUGGCACACCAAACAACUGGGGUCAGGGACCUAGCGACUUCGGCAACAACUACGGACAGAGCUAUGGUGGUGGACCCAUGAGGAACCAGGGAUAUGGACAGACCAACAGGCCAGCACCGUACAGUGCCGGUAAGGAUCAUGAAGACCUAGGUGGAGCUCCAGGCUACAACAACCCUGGUCCUAACAACUAUGGAGGUGCUGCAAACAUGAACCAGGGCCCCAACAGACGAUACUAGACUUUUGCUGGUGCGUAUUUCUCUUUUUGUUAUUCCAUAGUUUUGGCACAGAUUUCCAUUGCU